AUGGGACAAGUAUUCCUUUUUGCCGUCCUCCUAUUCACCCUCUUCGUGGCUUUAUUGCCGCCCCCAAUUUUGUGUCUACCUCCAUUUAGCGCCCUUAAAAGUGGCGGGGGAAAGAAAAACUUAAGUAACGCUCCCCCCCUGGAGGACACCAGCAAGAAGCCCAUUCUCCUCAGCGAAAUAAAAUUGAAAAACCGAUUUGAAAAUGACAUAAAGGGGUUCAUACGAAACGUGAGGUCCUUCCACGACAUCAUAGAGCACAAGACUCCAAACUCGUUGUUGUACGUGCAGGAGGACUUACUCAAUUUUCAUAACAGCCAGUUUAUUGGGGACAUAGAGGUUGGUACUCCUCCGCAAAGUUUUAAGGUCGUGUUCGACACGGGGUCCAGCAACUUUGCCCUGCCCUCGACGAAAUGUAUCAAAGGAGGCUGUGCGCCCCACAAGAAAUUCAACCCCGAUCAGUCCAGGACGUACACACAGCAGUUAAAAGGCAAUAAGGAGUCCAUUUACACCUACAUCCAGUACGGGACAGGAAAGAGCAUCCUUGAGCACGGAUAUGACGACGUCAAUUUAAAGGGACUGAGGAUCAAACAUCAGAGUAUCGGACUAGCCAUAGAAGAAUCUUUACACCCCUUUUCGGAUUUACCCUUCGAUGGGAUUGUUGGCCUUGGAUUUUCAGACCCGGACUUCAGCUUUAAAAAAGGAUACGGCAUGUCCUUAAUAGAGACGAUAAAAAAGCAGAACCUGCUGAAGAGGAACAUUUUCUCUUUUUACGUGCCAAAGAAGUUGCAAGAGCCAGGCUCCAUUACAUUCGGACGAGCCAACAGUAAAUACGCCCUCGAAGGGAGACAAAUUGAAUGGUUUCCAGUCAUAUCGAUUUAUUUCUGGGAAAUUAACCUGAUAGACGUACAACUCUCCGACCAUAAUUUAAACAUAUGCGAAAAUAAGAAAUGUAGAGCGGCCAUUGACACUGGAUCCAGUUUGCUAACCGGCCCAUCCAGCCUGAUGCAACCGCUGAUAGAAAAACUGUACCUGGAGAAGGAUUGCUCAAAUAAGAGCAGCUUGCCAAAUAUUUCUUUUAUUUUAAAAAAUGUCGAAGGGAAAGAGGUGAAGUUCGAUUUUACGCCGGACGACUACAUACUGGAGGAAAUUGACGAGGAGGAUAAUUCUGUUCAAUGCGUCAUCGGAAUAAUGUCGCUGGACGUCCCCGCGCCUCGCGGGCCCAUCUUUGUCUUCGGAAACGUUUUCAUAAGAAAAUACUACUCCAUAUUUGAUAAUGACCAUAAGCUCGUGGGCCUCAUUGAAGCUCGGCACGACUGGCAGCGCAGGCGCUUCAGUACGUUAGCGGCGCUGAAGAAGAAAUGGCAGGACCUGAGCUCUUACAUAACGAAGGAUAGUGACAUGGCCCACUGGAGGGAGCUGAAUGCCAAGCUGUUCGAGGCAGAGGUGCUGGUGCAGAAGCAGGAGCGCGAGGAGUUUCGGCGGGUUGACUGGAGCGCCUGGGCAGAGAAGAUCAGCAACAAGGAGGCCCUGAUGUGCAUGAAGAAUUUCUACGACCAUCAAAUGAACGCGCUGGACGAGCUGGACCAGAGCGAGAGCAAAGAAGUGAAGGACAAGAAGAAGAGUAAAGAGGACGAGCUGUUCGAGGAGGCCCUGAAAAAUUGCAAGGAGGCUGAAAAGGCAUCAGCCAAGCUUCUCGUAGACGGAGCAAAAACCUUGUGGAUCAACUUCCAUAACCCACCAGUGAGCAACUUGGAUAACAACGAAUGGAUUGACAGUGACCUGUACUGGCAAGCAUUUGUGGAAAAACACGCUACAUACAACCUGAACAGCAAGUCAUUAACGCCGGAAGAUGAAGAAAAUAAAAAUAUGGAAAAAAGUGAAUGGAUGAAAAAAACCACAAAGUUUAAUGAAAGAAGUGACACGCCCAUUUUGUAUGAUUAUAUGAUUAACCUGCCCUCCUGGGAACACUACGAUAUAAAUAGGAGAAUUUUUCUCGAAAAUAUGAUUUACUUUUUGUUAAGGACAGGAUUAAGUUAUAAGUUUUUCCCUGAACUGUUCAGCUGGAAAUGGAAAACACACAUUGAAGAUUUGCGCUUUCAAUAUUUGGAGGUAGCCCAGAGGAGGAGAAAGAAUUACCAAUUGGUCACAGCAAAGAGGGAAGUACCUCUGGAAUUACAGCCAUCAGAUUACGAACACAAAGGAGAGGAGUACCACUUGAAGCUUCUCCAACAUUUCAGGGAUUACCAAAAUUUAGUUCUUUCUCGUCUUAUGGGUAAUUAUAUUUUUUUGUGUGAUCCUUUCAUUCCGGUACAAACGGAGGAGAUGUUACAACACGUGCUAAAUACUUACGAAGGGGAGGGAACACUGUUCAAAUUGUGUAACGACCAAGUGAAUUGUCUUUUUUACUUACCUCCACCUUGCGAUGAAAAUAUAACAAGUGUGCAAUACAAACCACUAGACGCACUGGGCAAUUUUUAUCUUUACUUAAAGGGAAAAAAUGUUAAGAUUAACGAUUCAUAUUUUUCCUUUUUAAAAAUUAUUUCUCAAGUUUUACAAGAAAGAGGGGAAUAUUGGCUCCACCUGCCCAAUGAGAAUGUCGCGGACUCCUUCCUAAGACGAUACAACAAGGACGAUGCGAUGUACCCUGUUUUUGUGGACUAUGUUGCGCAACUGAGAGAAAAUUUUGAAAAUAAAGUGGAGGUGUCACCUGACAUGUAUCAUGAAGAAGUUAGCCGCAUUGAGGAGAAAUAUCUGGAAGAGUGUUCCUUCUUUGAAAAUUUCCUUAGAGCAUUUUUAACCGAAGACAUUGCUCUUUCCCAUGAGCAAGGUGCUGUUCCUGACUUGGUCAAGUUGGACACCAACCAAAUUAAGAAGUUGCUCAACGAGGGCAAGCUUAAGGUGGUGCAUCCAGAAACGCAAGAGGAGGUGCGAGACCCCGAGCUCGUAGCGGAGCUCGCUCGCCAGCGGGAGGCUGAGCGCCAGGAGAUCCACGAGUUCGUGAAGUCGCUCUCGGUUUAG